CUACUGGACACACGUGACAGUGCAGUCGCCAUAUUGGUGGUUGCUAGGAAACGAUUAACAGAAGUGGCCUCACAUCAGAGGGUCUUUUGAAUCAGCGAUCGUAGAUAUCAUGCCUAAAAAAGGAGGACGAAAGGGAGGAGGUGGGAAACAUGCUGGCAUGACAGAGGAGGAGAGACUUCUGUAUGUGCAGCAGAAAGCCCAAGCGGAGGAGGAGAUGACCAAGAAAAAAGAAGAUAUGCUUACACAGUUCCUCAAAGAUAAAUUGGAGAAGGAAGAGAGGAACACCGUAUUGAACCUUGACAAACUUAAGCAGCAGUGGCGGGCCGUUUUGACGGAGAGCAAGACUGUUGAGUUGCGUAAUGACAUGACGGUGCUGUCUCAGACCUUUGAGAGAGUCCUCGACUGCAAGGACAGCAUCAUUCAGAGUUUGGUGGUUGAUUUGAGCGAGAGGGAACAACAGUCGGAGUUAGCCAGAAGCUCUCAUCUCCGCAACAUGGACUUUCUGUUAGAGCUGCAUGGAAGUCGGCUGGUUGAACUGGAGUCGUACUUCAACAGCGGUUUAGAAGAACUCAGCUCUGAAUAUAAUACUGAGAGAGAGCAAAUCCUUUCCCAGCAUCAGCAGGCAGAUGCGUGUUUAGGCAACCUGAUGUUUUCUAUGGAAAAGCAAUAUGCGGAUGUUGACAGUGAGGCUAAACACGACUACAACAGCACUCGCAAUCAAAUAAAAAAUCAGAGCAAUGAAGAUAAACACACAGUGCAGGCUCAGAUGGAGGGGGUUAUGGAUAAACUAUCCCGAGACAUGCAGCAAGCUUUACAUGACUACAAUAAAGCCACUGAAGAUAAAAUCAUCGAAACAGAGUCUCUACGCAUCAACGACGAGCAAAGCACCAAAGAGAUCAACACUCAUAAAAAGCAAAUUCAGAAAUUGCAGGACUCGAUCACAGCUCUGCGAUCUCAGCCUGGCCCAGGUCAAACUGAAGAAACAUCUCAAUGCCUCCGAUCGACCUGUGAUGAGUUUGCAGAGAAAAUCCAACGUUUCAGAGUUCAGCUCGGUGAAGCCCAGACCGUUCGCAGACAGCAGCUCACAAUGCUUUCAGUUUAUAGCAGCGAUGCUGCUAAAAAACUAAAGGAGAUCAUAGCUGUGGGUGAGAAGCUGUUGCGUCUCUCUGAGAUGUGUCGUAAGCUAGAGACUGAAAAUGAGAAGGUUGUGCCCUUCUACUCGUCUUCAUUAAGCCCUGAAGAACUGAGACAGGAGAGAGACACAGCUGUGGAGUCUCCACCUGAGAAAUUCGCUCACCUGAUGCAGGACUGUUCUCCUCUCGCGAUGUUCUGGCAGCGUUACAACAAAGUGCAGCUUGAGCGUUUGUGUCUGAGGCGUGAGAAGCAGCUGUUAGAUCGAGAGAACGAGCAGCUGAGAAUCUAUCUGAAGCGCUACCUGGAUGGGAUUUGUGUUUCUGAUGAGAACCACAGGAACCCACUGCUGAUGGUGUCGUCUCCUCCUCUACAGACCCCGGAUUAUACGGAGAGACGCGAUCAGAAACGCUAUGUGGUCCAAGAAGCUGCAAAUAUUGCACAGCAGAGGUUCUAGGGAAUCCAUAUCUGGGUGUGAAUCUGACAGCCUAUUCAAAUUACAACCAAAAUACUACAUUGCACAUAUACACAGUAAAUGGGUAAAAAAAUAAAUAUUGAUCAAGACAACAAAUCCAGUGCAUUUGAAGGGAUUGUCUUUGGUUUUCUUGUGAAGUAUUCAACUGUGUAAACUUAUAUUAUUAUAUUAUAUAAAAAAAUGUAUAUGUUUAAAGAUCAGUUCACCCCAGAAUUGUUUCUAUGAAGUGUUUUGAAGCGGGUGGUCGUGUUGAUUUCUAAACCGGCGACUCAUUAAAACUUCACCUUUGACCUUUAACUCUUUCUGACAGAGUAUUUACCUGGAGGAAAGUGUAAACAUUCAGGUCAGAUAUGUAUUUGGGGACACGGUUAUCUGAAGGUUUAGCUGAAUCAUCAGUAUUUUGAUCCAGUUAUAGUUCGUAGUUUCACCUGCACAGCACAUUGUAUUGCUGAUUUUUAUUUAAUAUUGACUUUAGACGUUAUCGCAAAUUAACUAUACGGCAGUGAAGUUGAAACUUUUUUAACCAAAAGGCCUCCUUUUA